UAACAAGCCCAUUUGUGCAAUUCAGCUGCCAUUUGGUUUAUACUUGAGCUGAAGGGGACAGAACGUGCUUCGACGGGUUUGUCUCCUCUCGUUUUUCCCAUCCCAUUUUUCCUCCGUACACGGAAAGCUCCCUGCCCCCUGAUUCCUCAGGCGCCCGGAUGCACACCACCACCAGCAGCAGCAGCAGUAGUAGUAGUAGUCAGUCGGUCGGUCAGGCAGUCAGGACAAACAUGGUCGCCAGAGCUGGAGGAAGCGUUUAGGAAUCUCCGCGCUGAAAUUCGUCUCAUUGAAGCGAGGGCGCUUACACUGAUCCCCGAAGCACGUUAAAGCAUCUCCGGAGGACUGAUUUCUCUUCUCGCUGAAGGCAUCUUUGUGGACAGGACACUUAGAGGGCCAAACAAUGGAAUGCUCUCUCCUGCCUACACUGCUCAGCACUCAACAGACUGAGGUUAAACGGCUUAGUUAGCAGUGUGCCUCUCCCACAACAACUCUUUUAGCCUGGGGAAAGUUGGGAGAAAAACCAGCGAAGGAGAAUUUCCUUCAUAGUACAGCACCUUACUCCUGUUCUUUGUAGUUGCUCACUUGGGAUUCAUUUGGAAGCUUUGCGUGAAACAAAAAUCAAGAUGGAUUUGGAACCGUACCUGUGGAUGGUCGUGCUUGGCUUCAUUAUAGCCUUCAUCCUGGCAUUUUCAGUGGGGGCCAAUGACGUGGCAAACUCGUUUGGCACAGCGGUCGGGUCAGGGGUGGUGACACUACGUCAGGCCUGCAUCCUGGCUUCCAUAUUUGAGACACUUGGCUCCAUACUGCUCGGUGCCAAGGUCGGGGAAACCAUUCGGAAGGGAAUUAUAGAUGUCAGUUUAUACAAUGAGACCGUGCCGAUACUGAUGGCGGGAGAGGUCAGCGCCAUGGUUGGGUCUGCGGUUUGGCAGCUCAUUGCCUCUUUUCUGAAGUUGCCCAUUUCUGGAACUCAUUGCAUUGUGGGAUCUACUAUUGGCUUCUCCAUGGUUGCUAUUGGCACUAAAGGAGUGCAGUGGAUGCAGUUAGUCAAAAUCGUUGCUUCAUGGUUCAUCUCCCCUCUGCUGUCUGGUCUCAUGUCUGGUCUGCUUUUCUUCAUCAUCAGAUAUUUCAUUCUUAGCAAGGAUGACCCUGUUCCCAAUGGUCUCCGUGCUUUGCCCCUCUUCUAUGCGUCCACCAUUGGAAUCAACACAUUCUCCAUCAUGUACACUGGAGCUCCCUUACUGGGCUUGGAGAUGCUCCCCGUCUGGGCUAUUGCCCUCAUUACUUUGGCUGGUGCUCUGGUAUGUGCCGGUCUGGUCUGGAUUUUCGUUUGCCCCUGGAUGAGAAGGAAAAUUGCAAGUCGGCUGAAGAAAGCACAUGCUCUUUCCCGCAUCUCUGAUGAGAGUUUGGAUAAAAUCCCGGAGGAGGAAGAGGAAGCCCCCGUCUUUAAAGAGCUUCCAGGUGCAAAAAGCAUCAACGAUGCUGUGCUGCCCCUGACAGAGGAGUCGACAGGAGAGCUGAACAGCCUGGCUAAUGGAGGCACCGUCCUGCCCCACGGCAGAGUGUAUGGUCGCACUAACUCCAUGACCAACGGCUGCCUCAAGUCACCCGUGUCCAAUGGGGCCUUCAGCUUUGACGGACACAUGCGCAGCGAUGGCCAGGUCUAUCACACCGUACACAAGGAUUCUGGUCUCUACAAGGACCUCCUACACAAGAUCCACCUGGGCCGCCUGGAAGACGAGCACAGCGGCUCGCGUCCCGACAACAGCUACCGUCACCUCCGCCGCAACAACAGCUAUACAUGUUACACAGCAGCCAUCUGCGGCAUGCCGGUGCAGCCCCUGAUACGGUCGGAGUCCAGCGCCCCUCCUCCAGAGGACAGCGAGAAGCUAGUGGGCGAUACGGUCUUCUAUUCGAAGAAGCGAUUACGCUAUGACAGCUAUUCCAGCUACUGUAACGCGGUUGCGGAGGCUGAGAUUGAAGCGGAGGAAGGUGACGUGGAUGUGAAGUUGGCGGCAGACAAAAGGGAGCCCCGGGCCCCUGUUGAAGCGGUGCUGGAGGACUGCGUUGAUGAGGACAAGGAGGAGAAGGACAAGCCGCAAAUCUUCCUGCUCUUUCACUUCCUGCAAAUCCUCACCGCCUGUUUCGGAUCGUUUGCGCAUGGUGGGAAUGAUGUCAGUAACGCAAUUGGUCCUUUGGUGGCCCUGUGGAUGAUUUACGAGCAGGGUGGAGUGAUGCAGGAUGCUGCCACACCGGUCUGGCUGCUAUUAUAUGGUGGCAUAGGAAUCUGCACUGGACUGUGGGUUUGGGGUCGACGUGUCAUUCAAACAAUGGGCAAAGACCUCACACCCAUCACCCCCUCCAGUGGAUUCACUAUUGAGCUGGCCUCAGCGCUCACUGUUGUUUUGGCGUCCAAUAUCGGACUUCCAAUCAGUACGACACACUGCAAGGUGGGCUCAGUGGUGGCGGUGGGCUGGAUCCGCUCCAAGAAGGCUGUGGACUGGCAUCUCUUCCGGAACAUCUUCCUGGCCUGGUUUGUGACCGUCCCUGUAGCAGGCCUCUUCAGCGCUGCUGUCAUGGCCCUGUUUGUCUACGGCAUACUGCCUUACGUUUGAGGUGGAAAAUGGGGAAGAGAGGGAGGUAUAGGAAGGUAAUGACGAAAAAAAUAAAAUAAAACGGAGACACAGACAGAAAAAAGAAAUAAUAUCAAGAUAUAAGACAUAAGCCAGAGGGUGGGGGGAGUCUUCAAAUGCUGCCUGGAAAAGCAUCCAGAAUCCUUCGACUUAAAUAUCCUUAAUCUUGUCAAGAGUAUUUAUUUCCGUUUCAUUUUUCUAUUGUUUUGUUGACGUGUUACCAUAAACUCGUGAUUUCAAAUCGUGUAUUUUCAAAGUUCCAAAAAAUAGCUCUCGUACAUUUGUGGUCCUACAUGUUCAAGAUAGUAAACGGAUGGAGAACAAAAAAUACAUAUAUAUAUAUAUAUAUAUAUAUAUAUAUAUAUAUAUAUAUAUAUAUAUAUAUAUAUAUAUAUAUAUAUAUAUAUAUAUAUAUAUAUAUAUCAGUACAUGAAGGAUGGGACUAGAAAAUUGGUUUUAUGGCACAAUUCACAGUAUAUUGGCACAAAAUAUAGCUACGAACUUCUCUUGGGCCUCUAAAUGUAAUGUUUUCAAAUGUAUCGUGUGGCUUUAUUCACUGAAGCAUCAAACUUCUACAUAAAUGACACUGAAAAGCAUUCUGCUGUUUAAAACCUACAUUAGCUGCAUUGCUAAAAUCAUACCUCAGUCAUCAACCCUCUAUGCCACAUAUGAAAGACAAGUGACAGAACCGUGCCAUCUCAUAAUACAUGAAAUAUUAUAAGAUUAAUCAUUUUUGUAGUGGUUAAUGUGUACGGAUUCCCUGUUCUUUUAUCGUUGUAUUUAUUUUUAGACAUGUUACCAUUCAUACCUUUUUAAAAACACUAGAGGCGUGAAGACUAAAUCAUAUUUUAAACUAUGUAUGCUACUAUGAUUUCUACCAUGUGUAUAUUCAGCUAUGGAUUUUAGAUUUUGAGUUUUUGUCUUAUUUUGUGGUCUUAAAUUGUAACAUUUAAGGAGACUUUAGACCAGGUUUGGUAGUUGCAUGAAACGUAUGCUUUCCAAGCAUAUGAAAAAUAUCAAAUAUUAAAAACUGAUUUUACUUUAUGACAAGACACUACAUCCGUAAUCCUGUCAGAGCACAUCAAAAAGAGUUCUCCCAUUGCCUACCCUAAAAGAUCCUCAUAUGAGUGAAAAUUUAAACUUUCACCCUCAUUUAAAAAUAAACUGUAUAUUCAGUAUUUAAUGAGGAGCUAGCUAGGAGUCUUAUCUGAGGUAUUGCAUUUAAAACUUUCUGUAAUUCACCUUUUGUAUACAUAUCACCUCUUUUUGGAAGAUUAAUAGCCAAAGAUUGUGAUGAUCAAGCUGAAUUGCCAUACACUGACAGCGUUUGUAAUUACAAUCUAAACAAUAUCCAAACAAAAGUAAUCAGAUUGUCUCUGUAUUGGGGAUAGUAUAUAAAGAAUGCUAGUAGAUCGGUCUAGCAAUAAUAUAUAAUGUUCUUAGAGCCCAGUGGAUAAUGCCAAUAUAAAUACCUGUAUGUGCCAGAACAGCCAAAAUCACUUACGGUGAACCCAUAAAACCAGCACAAACAUAGAGGCAGUGUCAGACGCCAGGCCUAAAUAAAAUUAGCAUCCAGAUACUUGAUUCAGCCUCACUGAUAUGGCCUUCAUAUCUAAUAUCAGAUUCAGCUUUAUCAGAAGAGGAGUUUGUUUAACAUCAGGUCAGUAAGUGAUUCAGUGGCACAAAUGUGUCGUAUAACGGAAGGUCGAUAUGUAACGACCUAUUCUGUGACACCACAAGAAACCAAAAAGUCUCAUGAUUUCAGUCCAAAAAAGGCCGGACUCGCAUCAAAUGACCAUGUGAUAUCAGGUCAACUGGGUUUAGAUGUUUGUCAGACACUGUUGUAAUCUGCCUCGGGAUAGUCGCCAGAUUUGGAAACUGUACAAACGUGUGGCUUUGAACCAAUGCAAAGUGUUGCUGUUUCUUUUUCUUUUCUUUUUUUUUGUGUGUAUUUUGUUUUUAUUUUUCAUCAAGAACAAAUCUAUGCUCAUACGGCCAUUUGCCUUGUUGUGCUUUACUGUUUGUUGGAUACAGUAACUUCAGUACUGUGGUGUUUACAUUGUAAUCAUAUUGUAGAAUAACUCAUUAAAGUUGCCUAAAAAUGCCAAUCAACUAACUAUUAAUUACAAAUUAAAUAUGAAAUAACCAGGAGUAGUGCAAAGGUGUUUAAUGGCAUUUUUGUGUUUAGCAGUGUGAAUCAUGAUUAUCCUGUGUUACAUCACACUGCUAUAUGUAGUACACAACUUAACAUGGUGGAUAUGAUUAAAAAAAUAAAGAAAUUAAUAGAUAUAAAUUUCAUUAAACUAUAUUUUUCUA